GUAGAAUAUAUGCUUGUGAUAUCUGCUUUGUUAUGUGUCAUAUUGCGUUGUUAUUUAAUUAUUUCAUGCUUAAAUUUGUAAAACGUGUGUGUGUUGUUUGUACCUGUCGUCAUCCUUGUCGUAAUAUUUUCUUAAUUUACGAUAGCUUAUGUAUCUGUAUUUAUUAUCUAUUCAUACAACUUGUUAAUUAAUUCACUGAGACUGUCAGAUUUAGCCAGUGUGGCUAGCAAUCAUCCUCGAAUGUCAAAGGGAAAACCUUUGAAAUUUUAAGCGUCGUUUUCUUUAAAAACUACGCAGCUCGUGACAGGUUUGGUGCAGUGCACGUCUAGUAGUGUGCGCUCAAAAAGCGGAGGAUGGUAAAAUAUAAAUAAUUGUGUGUACUUGUGUGCGUGUGUUUUUUAUUUAUUUAUUUUUGGGUCAGAACUUUGUGUCCUGGCUCAGGGACGAUUUGGGUCGAACAUCAUAUUUGGUACUUUGUGACAUCUGUCUUUCCCUGUGUCUCUGUCUUUCAGUUAGUUACUCCCUUUUAGGUACGUACACUGCAGUAAAUACUGAUGAGUUCACUUGUGUCCUGUGGCUUGAUGGCGAAGUAGUCGACUCCUACAGUAGCAAUGGCAUGGACAGCGUGCCCCGUAGAAAUUGGAUGCGUGAAGGAAGAGGCCAUUAUCUGUGGAAUUCUGUCAAACGCCUUAAUAUGGAGCACUGGAACAGAGGCAGAACUGACAUCUUAAAAAAUUACACAGGACUUAACAUGUCUGGUGCUGCUGUCCUGCAGGGGAGGUUUGGCUGUGAGAUCGAGAGAAACCCUGACUCUGGUGUAAGACUUACGAGGACCUUUGCUCAGUACGGAUGGAACGGAGAAGACUUCCUGUCCUUCAGCCUCAGCAGGCUUCAGUGGGAGGCUUCAGCAGGAUCUGCUGUCCCCAUGAAGAGGAAGUGGAACAGGGACCGCGACAGCACUGUGGAAACUAAGAACUACAUAGAUUUCAUCUGUGUGAUGCAUCUGUUGAACAGUUUGGCUUAUGAAACCAAGGAGAACAAGGAGACAGCUGAGCUCACGGCUGCAGUAUUCGCUAAGAGAUCCCGGAAGCCUGGGAAGGUUAUUCUGACCUUCCUAGUUUCAGGAUUUCACUGCAGUGACAUGAGGGUAGAGGUUUAUCGGGAUGAUGACAUCAUCACUGAAGAAGACGGCCUUUUGUCCUCUGGGAUCAGACCAAACGACGAUGGGACCUGCCAGCUGAGAAAGAGUUUGGACAUCGCUAACAGCACUGAGGCAUCGUAUAGCUGUGAAGUCCAGUUCAGAAGUCUUAAACGACUGGUCAAAUGGGAUGGGAAGAUAUGGGACCAGGGUGAACCAAAGCAAGACUACGACACUGGACAUCACUACUGGUGGCUUAUAGUACCACUGGUGUUGGUCAUUGCUUUAUCACUUGUGUUUCUCAUUCGGAUGCUGAGGUGCAGAUUUGUUUGAUUAUAAUGUCCCAUUAGCUAGCUUUAUUCACUGCCGUUUUAAAGACAAGGUUUUAAAGUUUAAAGUAUUUAUAAAAUAUUGUUAUUUGUUGUUGUAUUGUAAUGUUUCAUUAGUUGGCUAACUUUAUCCACAGACAAUCCAGGCUGUGUUUUGAAGUAUUUCUAAAAUGUAUUUAAAGUAGAAGAUGCUAGUCUCUAGGUGGCCAGCAGAUGGCGAGCCAGUCCUGCAUUCUGAAAUGUGAACGGCACAAACCCUGCUCAGUCUAGAUCAACAGAUUUCAACACCGCUGUUUGAUCAAAUGGUCAAAUUACCGCGAUCGUGUGUGAUGAAGAACUGGGCAAAUGGAGUACAUUGAGGCAAUCACUCAGAUGUACCGUGAUCAAAACUACUCCAAAAACUGAGAAACCUUCUCAAAUGCAAAUUUCCUUCUUUCUCCUUUGUACCUGUAUUUUAGUUUGUUAGACUCUUGUAACACUAAUCUCAACUCGGCAGAAUCUUGAGAAAAUCACAGGAUGUUUCUUAAAUCAAAGAUUAAAUAAAAGCAGACGAUGUACAUGUG